AUGGCUUCCGAGCCCAAGCCCGCCAGAGCCUCCAAGGCCGUCAAGCCCGCCAAGGCCGUCAAGGCUGACAAGACCGACAAGUCGGACAAGUCCAAGGUGCACAAGCUCGCACUGAAGGGCAGCGCAAAGCUCGUCGCCGAGUUCUUCCAAUACUCCAUCCACACAAUCCUCUUCCAACGAGGCGUCUAUCCGGCUGAAGACUUUUCAGCCGUCAAGAAGUACGGCCUCAACAUGCUAGUCUCCUCGGACGACCAGGUCAGGGCGUACAUCAAGAAGAUCAUGGGCCAGCUCGACCGCUGGAUGCUCCGCGGCAAGAUCUCCAAGCUGGUCAUCGUCAUCACGGACAAAGACACGGGCGAGCACGUCGAGCGAUGGCAGUUCGACGUCGACAUCUUUGGCAAGUCGUCCAAGACAUCCAAGACAUCGUCGUCGUCAUCAAAACCGGCCGACCAGGAAAACGACGCAGCCGCGGCCGACGCAGACGCCGCUGCCCCCGAAAAGACGGAGCAGGAGAUCCAGGCUGAGAUCGCCGCCAUAUUCCGCCAGAUCACCGCGUCCGUCACCUUCCUGCCCCAGCUCGGCGGCGACUGCACCUUCAACGUGCUCGUCUACGCCGACGCCGACUCGGAGGUGCCCGUCGAGUGGGGCGACAGCGACGCAAAGGAGAUUGUCAACGGCGAGCGCGUCCAGCUGCGCGGCUUCAGCACCAGCAACCACCGCGUCGACACCCUCGUCAGCUACCGCUUGGCCGACUGA